UGUUAAUCAAUGAAUCAAYAUCUGUAUAACAGUCAUAACAGACUCCUCAGCCGAAGCUACCAUUUAUAUAUAUAUCUGGUUUCCCAGAUUUUAACUUUUAGAAAGUCUAAAAAUCUGCAAGGUCCUAAAUUAAUGCCAAAACAUAGGAUCAGUCAGAAUGAAGCAAGAUACACAGAGUASAGACAAACCAGUUGGUCAGUUGUCAAAAGAAGACGAAGAGUUGAAGAUCGCUACUGAAAGGCUUCUUCUGAAAUCAAGUAAAAUCCGUUCUGUUCUGGUGCUGCUAUCUCUAAUACCUAUACUCCCCAUUGGCCUGAUAGCACUCUUCUUCUGGAUUCGAGGAAGAAGGCGGUGGAGUCGCGGUCAAAAGGCGGGAGCAAAUAAUGACUUUGCUGAAGCAGAAAAUAUGGCCUUUACUUCAAUCUCGUUUGGUUUGCUUGGCGUAUUGACAGUUUUGAUGUGCAUCGAUCAACUGAAAAGAAACCUUAAAACCGAGUAUUACUAAACCAUCUUGAGUAAAACUUUUCUUUGUAAUAUAUAAACUUUUACAAGUGCGCAAAAAGYCUUAGUUUAAAUAACAAAUUCAUCUGAAUUUCUACAAAUACGUAACACAUCAGGUUUGCUUUUUCUUUCAUCAUCGUAGCAACCUCAUUUUUUAUCACAACAGUCAGCUCGGGUUAAUAUCUGUAGUAAAAAUAAAUUUGCAAUCUUGAUAAAUAAAAUAAAAUGGACGAAAAUG